AUGCAGCCGUACCAAACAGUGCGCCAUUCUAAUUUUUAUUCGUCCGGUGAUGCUCGUUUUGAUUCCGGGGUAAUAAAUCAUACUUCCAGAAUUUCGUCGCGGCUUUCUCAGGUUACGUCUUCAAUUCCAGCCAAACCCAGCACUCCACUGCAUCGAUACGUUCGUUUGAACGACCGUGCCAAUACUGAAGUGUUCACGUUUAUCGUUCUGCCUCAACUAAUUCGUGGAUUUGUAGAUGAGCUAGUUUCGCCCAUCUUUACCUAUGCCCAGCAUAAUUGGGUUGUGCAUUUUGAGCGUAAGGAGCCUCAUCUGGGUGCCUUCCUGGAACUUCGCCAUCCUGAAGCUGUCUCCUCGGAGCCACGGUCCCAACAUGGUUCUCUUGGACGAAAUGAUAAUGAGUACCUCCUUAGUACUAGGAAAAGGCCUGGUGUGAAGGGCUUUACAGUUACUCUGGACUAUCAAUUUAUGGUACAAAACAGAGAACACUUUUAUAAAAAUGAGUCAUUUGGAGAAAAGCAAGUUGAGUUCAAUAGCAUUCAUCGCUUGCAUGGUCGUUCUAGUUUUAUUGAAUUGGCAGAUCUAUCUUCACGGCGCUUCCUCUUCGAUGAUGGUCGUUGUUUAAUAGAAUUAGAGCUAAAGAAUGUGCUUACUGAGAUUAAUUUGGACACUAGGGCUUGCCUAGAUCCAUCUUUAAGUGGCCCUUUUGGCUACCGUGGUACCGAGAGCAUAAGCAUAGCAGGAAGCCUUGGUUCACAUGUUAGUAUAAACACUGUGGGAGGCUUGAUGAAUAUACCCCAAAAGCUUCACCUAGAAUCUAAGGAAUUCAGCUAUGCCGGUGAGCUAUGGAUACUUAACCUUGAUUUUGAGAUUCAUUCUCUCCCAGGUGCUGCCCAUUAUGAUCAGAAUGGGAGUUUCCCAUCACCUGCCCCAGCAGCUCAACACCAGUAUCUCUCAGGCCAGAAGGUAACAAAUAAGUUAGCCAACUUAUCCGUCGAAUUGGAGCUAAGUUUAGUGAAGAGGAUACCAGAGAAAAAGCAGUCGAGUGGACGUAUCGGGCAUUCCAUAAUGUCGGAAACCGGGGUUAUGUCUCAAAGACCUGGGUUAUCGCAGACCAACUGGUGCAGCGUAAGCUUGUAUGCUGAGCUUCCCGGCGGAUUCAGUACAGGGCCGAUGGAAUUCCUAAUUGGCCCCCAAGGCUGGCCAACCCGAGCACACAAAGCAACUCUGGUACAAGAAGUCAUACCAACUAACAGCAACUUACUAUCUACGCAUUCACCAGCUGGUAACAUCUCUCAGUUAUCUGUUGAGCGGGCCAUAAGUCGAGACUCCUUAGUGCAGCCAGGAGAAUCAACACACGGAAGACGAAUUGGCGGAGCCCUGAUGUUGCUAUUUAAUGCACUUAACGCGGCUGGAAAAAACACAAGACCACUGUAUGUUCACCUACAGCUGCUUACUCAAACGCCCAUCACGAUGGCUGAUAUCCAGCCAACUCAGCCGAAAGCGAAGAGCCUUAAUCGCACUCGCCUCACCGACAACUAUGGAUUUGAGUGGCUUCUUCAUGCCGAGACUGGUGGCCGUCUCCUCCGCCUCGGCCUAGUUCCUUUAGGGACUGGUCAUUCAGGGAGGUGCAUCAACAGUGAUGCUAGUGUUCUGAACGGCGAGACUGAUUAUAGGAUAGAGACUGAAGGCGAUGGAUCAUGGAGCCCUAACUGUUGUGGCCAGUUGCGUCAAUUGCCCCGCUCUGGUUUCUACUACCCUCAGCCUCCCUCUCAAACUCAGAAAGGUCAGCAACAGCAACACACAGUUCAGCAAAGGCACCAAGGCCUACCCAUGACUCAAACGGGCCAGAUGCAAGCAAACCUAAACAUUCCUCAUGGUUUCUCUCGAGUGGUUGGUUGGUCUAUUCAAAUUAUCCCUGCUGGCCUAGUGACUUCGAAUUUAGGCGGGGACAAUGCCAAAGCUGUGAGUCGAGAUGCUGUUCGCCGAAGUUUCCCCAUACGGCCUGUUGUAAGAGGUCAUAUUCAGGUUGCCUAUGUGACAUCUGAUCACAAACUGAUCUCAUUUGCUAAUGAGGUUCAAGUAAAUCCACAACGUGUAAAUUGUCAAACCAAGGUUAUGCACUACGAAGCUACAUCACCGAAAUUUCUUUACGAGCCUCUAUAUCAGACAAAUAUCUCUCGUUUGUCGCCGCCUGAGACUGAGAGUUUUGAUGAAAGAGGAGAUAUAGAUGCAAUAAACCUGCUUAAAUUUAAUAAGGAGGCUGAAGAGCUUGCAGUUGGAGAGGUGGCAAUGAACAUAUCACUAGACGAGGUAAGUCAAAGCUAUUCACUUAUCACACUUAGCUGA